AUGUCGUCUAGACGACGGCCACAGGAAAUCAUACUCCCUGAUGGCAAGAAGAUAAUCGUAACGCUGCCAGAGGACCUCGAGGACAUUCGCCGCAAAUAUCCCAGGGACGGCGACAUACAAGUCGAAGUGGUGGUCCACGGCUCUGUAGAGCACAGUCAUUAUCUUCGCCAGUCGCGAGACCAUCAUGAAGAGCGCCGACAAUUGCUACGGAAACAACAUGGGCCUGCCUUUGAAGAAUGGGAAGAUAUCCAGUCGCAACUUUCCUCGGUGACUGCAGAGCUAGAGCGUCUGGAGAACCAAGCAUCGGGACUCUAUGGUAACUUUAGUAAAUUUGGUUACGAUGCUGCUAUACGGACAUACAGCGACGAGGAUCCUCCUACCGCUUCUUCACACGCGUCUAUAUCAGAGAAAGUCGGCGAGCAGCGAAAUCAAGACGGCGACCGUCAUGGGGAGACAACCAAGCUAUUCAAGCGGCCUGUGAUUAGGCAAUGGUUUCAUCAGGGUCUGCUAUGGAGAGCAUCUGAGCAGACGGAAGUCAUGGCCAUCGAGCUCUUUCUCGAUCUUGUUUACGUGGGCAUCAUCCAUUCCAAUGGCGAGCACAUGGCGGAAGAAGCGACUGCAUACGAACUAUUACGCUUCGUGAUUACAUUCAUAAUGGCGUGGAAGAUAUGGACGGACAUUACUCUCACGCUGAGUUGGUUUGAGACAGACGACGUUGUCACUAGAUUGGAGAUUUUGUUCUGCAUCUCGUGCCUCAUUGGCUUUACUACCAACACGACCAAUAUCUUUAUUGAUGACCCAGCACAUAAUACCUACGCACAGCUUGUGUCAUUCUAUCUCGCUGCGCGGAUCUUUACUGCAAUAUUUUACGGUAUAGCGGCUUAUCUCCUUCCCAUGAUCAAAGGUGUCAUGAUUUCCCAGAUAGUCUCUAUUAUUCUCCCUACCGCUCUGUGGAUCGCCAGCAUUCAUGUCGACAUGCCCGGUCGCUUGGGAUUCAUCAUACCAGCCCUGUUUCUCGACUUGUAUGGACACAUAGGUUUCUUUACAUUGUUACGAUACAAACAAAAUCAUGCCCCAGAGAGCAAAUGGAAAACACGGUUCGACCGCAUGUUUGAGUUUUAUCCUGCCAUCAGUAUCGAGCACAGGGUCGAAAGAAUGAAUGCUUUUGUCUCUCUGGUUUUUGGAUAUUCCGUUGUCGCCAUUCUCUUCCAAAACCAGGGUGGCUACGAUAUCAAUGCGUUUUUGGGAAAGGCUAUUCUGGGUCUAAUGCAAGCAUUUACUUUCAACUGGGUUUACUUUGAUAUCGACGGCCGCAACAUCAGUCUACAUGCAAUUCGACGCUCUCCAAUCUCUGCUGGUCUUUGGGGAUUUGCUCAUCUACCUUUUGUGAUGGGCUACAUUGUCGCCACAUCAGCUCUAUCGAGGCUGGUCCUCGCGACUGACAUCCCAGGCACCGAUUUGGAUCAACUUGCUGAACCUUACAGGGACAGCGCCGAGGAUCAUUUCAACUCAGGCGUCCGCUUCUUCUACUGCCAUGGUCUCGCCAUUGCCCUUCUUUGCAUGGCAGCCAUAUCCUUCUCACACGAACACAAGAAGCAACCCACGCUUCGAUUGAAUAAAAAUGUCAGGCUCGCAAAUCGUAUUGCAGUUUGCAUCAUCAUGUUCUUCCUACCGUUGGCGACUUCACUCCAGUCCCUCAGUCUCAUUUCCAUCACACUAAGCCUGACAGUAUGGGUCUUGGUUGUCGAGCUGUGGGGGAAGUCAUGCACAGACGACCCCUUUAUUGGGGAAAAGGAUGGCUGCUGUAUAACGUAUUGUGCGAGAUGCAAGAAGAAUGAUGUCGAGGAAAUGAUUGCUUCUGAUGAAACACUUCUACGAGGGGAGCUGUUAGAAUUAGACAGAGCAGAGAAGACGGCAAUGUGA